AUGACCUGUUCAACAUUUUGUUCAGGAGGUCUAGAUUGCUCUGUAUUUGUUUGGGAUGCUGAAAGGUUAUGCUCAAUAAGAUCAUAUUUUGAAUCAAUUAGUAAUAAUAUAGUUAGUAAUCAACAAGUCAAUAAUCAAGAAUUUGGCCAAAAACCUUUCCAACAAUAUGAUAUUCAGAGCUUGCAAAAUUAUUAUCCUCCUCAUCUUAACCCUCAACCAAAGCAUAGCGUCUAUGCCCUUGAUAUAUCAACAUGUGGAAAUAAUGGUACAUUAAUAGAACAGCACAUGUUGGUAGCGGCUGGAUCUACUGACCAACUUGUUAGAUUGUACGAUUUGAGAACUUCAUCAAAGGUUGGUAAACUAAGAGGCCACAAGGAUAAUAUUAGAUGCCUUAAAUUAACAACAGAUGGAAAAAAUUGCAUUACUGGAUCAACAGAUGGUACAGUUAAAUAUUGGGAUUUAAGAAACCAGAGAUGUUUACAAACAUUCUCUUUCAAUUCCUCAAAAACCUCUACUAACGCAUCAAUUUGGACCCUAGAGUUUGAUCCAUUCGACACAGAUCAAGCCUCUUUUACAAUUGGAACCAGAGAUGGUUUUGUAUAUUAUCUUGAUGCAAAGAAUAAGAAGAUGUGUACUGUUGCAGAUUUAAAUUCAAUGACAUCUCAAUCAUUUAACAAGCAUUCAGUUCUUUGCACUAGUAUUGCUCCAAAAGGUGGAAAAUUAUCGAGCACAAUUUGGGUUGGAUCUACUGAUUCAAAUAUUUAUGAGUUCGAGUAUGGUAAAUUAGUGGAUGGAUUAUCUGCAUCUAAGGAUCCUUACAGUGAAAACAAUGCUGUACUGACUCCAAAAUCUGCCUCCAACUCUUUUAAUGCUAUGGAUAUGUCGCCAGUAUUUUCUAAUCUUGUAGAUUAUUCUCCACUAACUCCAAAAACUCCAAGCAGAGCAAGAGCUAGCUCAUUCCAAGUGCAGAGAAAGCCAUCAGGAACAUUGCAUUGUCAUCCAAAGUCAAAAAUUCUUGGAUGUCCUGGUAUUAUUGCACACUUUAUAUUGAAUUGUAGAAAGAGAGUGUUAGUGAAGGAUAACUCUGGAAGAGUUACUCUUUGGGAUAUUACCACAGGUAACAUGAUCAAAGAUUAUACAGAACUCAAUAAUACAAUGACAGAUGACGGAGAGGAUUUAUUUGAAACCUUAUGCAACGAUUUUUCUAAAGAAAUGAUUUCUGUGAGGAAUUGGUUCACUGUUGAGAAAAAGUUGGGAUGUCUAGAAAUUGUACUCAAUCCAAAUGAAUGCUUUAAUGCAGAAAAUUAUGCCUUCGAGUCUGGUUUCAAAGAUGCUAUUGAGGAAGAAAAGGUCAACUAUGGAGUAAUGACCAUUCAGGCUCUGUUUAGAAAUUGGAAAGAAUGUAGAAAUGAAGUUUUAUUGCAACAAAUGUCAGAAGAGGAACGUAAAGAAAGAGAAGAAAGGCUCAGUACUGAGCAAAGAGAAGACCUCCCUCAAUUACUACCAGAGCGUACAUUUAAUUUACCUGAAAAUACUUCUGUAAUCGUUCACUUUGAAAAGAAUGAUAGUGAGAAGAGCCCUUUCAAAAAGCAACUAAGACACUUUGAUGGCAAUGAGACCGAAAUUACUCACAUUCCUCAGUGGGUUGUUGAUAUUUUAAGAGGUAUUCCUCCUAAUGUAAACCCUCAGUCACACAAACUUUCAUUCUACUUGGAGCCGGCUCAUGAUGAAAAGUAUCUUGGACCACUUCUUCAAAAUCAUGCCAAGUUGGUUGCUCAUAGAAUUUUGAGAAUUUACAAAGUUGCCUCUCACAUUGCAACAAAAUUGAAUCUUGAGCUACCUACUGUUAAAGAACUGGAGGAAUCAAAGAAGUUAUAUUAUGAACUGAAAGCAAAGGAGCACGAAGAAAAUCCUCAAAUUCCCCUUAUAACUCAACAGGAUGACGAGAACUUUGAUGAGUCCCUCAAGUUGAGUGCAGAACGUGAUCCAAAUUCGCAAUGUCGCCCAGAAGAAUUUAUUGAGAUUAUUUGUUAUGGAAAUAGAAUGAAAAAUACUUGGAAUUUAGCUAUUGCCAAUGCGUUUUAUCGUCCAAAUAAUGUAUCUUGGAUAACCCUCAACUAUAGACAACGAUACAGAACCAAGUAA